CGCCUGCGAUCGUCUUCUUUGGUUUACACGCCUUUGAUCUACGCGUAAUUUCGUGCUUGAUUUCGAGGAAUUCGAGUUUCGGCUCUCACGGCCAAGUCCAUGCAUUUUAUCCAUCGAUUUAUCUCGUUUCUCGUCGUUGAUUGCUCGAUAUUGUAAAAGCGACAGCGACGUGAAAAGCGAUGCGACGCUGCGCGAAAUACGUAGCCGAUGGGGCUCACGUUUGCGAUGUUUGUAUGUAACCGGACCCCGAUGAAUUCCUUGGACUCUCUCACCGGUUGUUGGAAGUGACAGACAGAAUUUGAAAUUGCGCUAUCUGCUCGCGACUCGACGAGGAUCCUCGACCGAUCUGUGUUGAACCAAACAUCCUAAAGGUAUUGGGUAUUUCGUUCGUCGUUGCGCCGAACGCAGUCGGGUUUGUUGCGAUAAUCGCGAUUCCGAUGUGUAACUUUCGAAACGAGGAGCUGCGGUAUCGUUUCGACUUGUCUUCAUUAUCUUUUUAAGAAACAGAAGACUCGAUAAGUGUGCCACUGAUGUAACGCGAAACAUUGCCGCAGGUGGAUUCAACCAAUUCGUAGUUCACUCACCUAAAUUAUAAACUGUAAAAUAGAAUACAAAAAAAAUGGAUUUUUCCGGAGGUGACAAGGAGACUGGCAGAGAUGAGAAGAUUGUUAGACAAGGCAUAGGACGUGGACAAAGAGUUUGGUUACAAGGCGAUAGUGGGGGACUCAGGCGACCACACAGUGCAUCAACUGCUAGUCAAUCCAAAUCCGACUCAUCGACAAAUUCGACUGCAAUGACGACACAAUAUAAUCAGGAGGAGAAAAAAUCUAUUCUGUCACCACAGGCAGCAGAGUUUGUUCCAAGAUUUAUGCAGUCACAAGCGUCACAGUCUUCUACGAUGGAACCUAAAUAUGUAUAUUUACCUUCUGUUUCUCAACCAGCCCACCAAUAUACAAAGUCUGUACAAGACAGACUUAGACUAGCUCGUGAAGUACCACCAAAUGUGUCUGUACCUUCACUGGCAGAGAAAAGUUGGCUUAAGGACGCUAUGGACCAAUGCAACAUACAAGAUUCGCACGAGGAGAACGAAAAGAGGCAUCAGAAUGAAAAGGAAGAAGCUUACAAUUUGGAGACUUACGAAUAUCUUGUCAACAUUAUCAAAAUUUUAAUUAUGAAUCCUGCAGACUUCACCGAUUUAAUUCCACCAUUUAUGGACAAGCUUAGAUCGAACGGAAACAUGCGUUGUCUGCAGUUAGUUAUAACAACCAUAAUCGAAUGGUCUAUAGCAGAAAGUAAUUUCCGAUAUAGCGGAGCCCGUUUCUGUAAAUAUUUCGAUACCAGCUUAGAUGAAUCCAAAGGACUAUACGUGUUUUCUAAACAGCUAUUCAGGGACUUGUUGUGUUCCCAGUGUAAAUGGGAAAUUGGAUUACUCGAAUCUGAAUGGCUUAAUAAACCAGAAGAGGAACGGGACCAAUGGAAGUGCAAUGGACUGAUAUUGUUUCUAGCAGAGUUGGUCGCUCAGAUGGAUGAAGUUUACGCUUUUAGUUUAGGAGAACUCUUGGUAUCGUUUAUUACUAUGGUGCUGCAAAGACCGGCGUCGAGUUCAGUCAAAUAUAUAUGCCAAGCACUUAAAUUGGCAGGCCAUGUAUUAGAGAAGGACAAAAGCAGGAGUAAAGACAUGGAGAACAUGAUGCGGGCUCUAACGGAACUUGUAAAUAACGGGCAAGUCGAUACCCAUGUAGGAAAUAUGGUAAACAGCGUGCACGAACUACGGAAAAAUUGGGGAAGGAGCAUGUCCAAUUAUGAUACAUGUGGAUCAAGCAAUAUAUUGUUUAAUGAGAUGCAGCGACAGCCCGAUCAAUUAGGCGCAUCUAAUUAUAAUUCAGCCAGAAUGGACGCAUUGAAGAUACAACAUCCAAUGUCACAGAAAAUGCAACUGAACCAGCCAGUGAUGUAUGGUCCUGAUGGCGAGAUUCUAUCUGCGGAGGAAAGUGAAUUUCUUGAGCUGCACGCGAAAACGGAUGAUCAAGGGACGUCCGAAGAAGAACCUGAUGAUAAUUACGACGAUGAAAUUGCGACUGCUUAUGAAGAAUUCUUAAGAGAAUCAAAGUGCAACUAAAAUUCGAGAUAAAACGAAUAUAUAAUCUCGCAUAAACAGAAUUGUACUCGAACAUCUCAUUAUAAAUACAUCUUGUUUUAUGAUCUUUGAACUGAUAUAGAUUGAAUUCAAGUAGACGAUGUUAAAUAUCAGUAAUCUCCUCAUCACGAAAGUUAGGACAAAGUCGUUGUAUAUGACAUGUCAAUCUAUGAAACAGAAAUGCACGAAUAAUUAAUAAAGAUCCGCCAUGUACAUAAAUACGCAACACUGAUAUGUGUAUGUAGUCUACAGAGUGGUUCACUUUGAAACUGAAUACUUGAAUAAAUCCAUUCCAUUGGACAUAAAAAAAGAAUAUUAAGGUCGAAACUUACGUAAUCGAAAAAGACAAAUGCAAUAUAGAAGCAAUUCUUUCUCAAAAUCUAUUUUUCUGUAAGACGGGAAGGAUCGGUGUCUUUCGGUCGGCGAUAGCCACAGGAAGAAGAAGAAAUGGAACAAAUUUCAGGGAUAUAGAGACAAUGGAUCUUCAUUCAACUGUCUUCGUAGUUUUGUUCUUGACUGAAUUUAUUGAGCGUGCUAUUCAUAUCAUCUGUACAAUAUAUCUUCAGAGUUUGGAAAGGCAUAUUUCCUUUUCCUUUAUAUGUAUUUCUCGGCUGAUACAUAAAAUUAUUUUUCCAUUUACACAUUUACACAUUAAAACGGAUAUAUUAAAAACGGCUGAAACUUGAAUCACAUGUUUGCACGUAUUUUCAAAUCUAAAGUUUUAUUCGAGUGUUCUAUUUCUGGACAACUCUGUAUAUAGGUAUAUCUGUUCCGUAUCCAAAUAUAUGUGUAUUUUGCAUUUAUUUAAAGUUAUAUGUGUAUUUGUAUGAGAUUUCCUAAAUAUAUGACACGAAUUUUAUAU